AUGGGCGAUUCAAACCCUCCCUUUGAGGUGUUGGCUCAAUUUCCUUACACCUCCGAACACGCAGACGACCUCAAUUUCGAAAAAGGCACUUUGAUAACCGUACAAUCGGUCGAAGACGACGAAUGGUAUUUCGGUGAGUAUCUCGAUGAACAGGGAAGUUUGCAAGAGGGUAUCUUCCCUAGAAGCUUCGUAACCACAGUCGAAAAACCAAAAAAGCAUUCUGCCUCUACCAAGACAGAGGGGGGCACAGAAUCCGAGAAAUUAGCGGAACCAGCUUCUAUUGCGGAAAUCAAAGAACCCAGAUUUCCACAAGAGCAGUUCGACCAGAUUAAGACAGAAGCACCCGGAAAACAAAAUGUUGCGAUUGAAAAGAACGAAAACGACGAGAAAGAUGAUACCAUGAAACCAGUGAGUCCAAUGGAAGAAACCGUAGCUUCUAAAAAGGUUUCGCCCGAAAUCCCCGCACCUGCUAAGCCAGAUCCCACUGGUUUUUCAACCACCAAACCCUCUGUUUCAUCACAGCAAAGUGGUGCCCAAGCACCCACUCCGGCUGUUGCCAAAUCGUCUGACCACGACACGAAUUUUGAGGAACACCCAAAAAUGAGUCUCAAAGAACGGAUCGCUCUGUUACAAGAACAACAGAGGAUCAAUCAAGAGAAAGAGCAAGAAAGACAGCAAAAAUUGCUGGAAAAGGAAAAGAAGCAUGCACGUCACGAAGCUGCAAUCAUUCAGGAAAGUCCCGAGCUGUUGCCGGAGUCUGCAGCUUCGGACAUCGGGGUGAAUCCUCAGCAGGCAAGUGUAUCUAGGAGAACCACUGUACCAGAGAUCAGCCAUGUUGAGAUACCUGGGGCCAACGCUGAGCUACAAGACUCAGGGCCCAAAUUGCCCGCAUCCAAUGUCGUCCAUGACUCAUCCUCUCCAGAGGCGAAGGGCGACGACAACCGGAGCUAUCUAGUCAGCGAAGAAGAAGAAGAAGACGAAGCAGAAGAAGAUCAUGCCGAGAGUGAGGAGGGCAAAAUAGAAAUCCAGGAAGAUGAGGAAGAGGCUCGGCGUGCUGCCCUCAGAGAUCGCAUGGCUAAACUUUCAGGUGCUGGAAGAAUGGGAAUGCCAGUGUCUUUCAACCCUUUUGGCAUUCCAGGAUCCUCUAGAACAUCAACAGCUUUACCAAAAAAGACCGAACGCCAAGAAACAUCACAAAAGGUCGAAACUGACUUGCCUCGUGCAGUUCCGAUGCUACCUUUCGCUGACCCCCAGGCCCUACAAAGAAUUCAAAAAGACGUGCCAGGGGACAAUUCAGCUCGCAAGGAAGACGAAGAGCCACCCUCCGCAGAUUUCCUGUCUCAAAAAGGCCAGGACUUAAUUAAUGAGCAACCGGGGGCGCCUAAACUUACUCACGAGUAUGCUAAAUUGGCGAACCCACCCGCUCCUCUUGACACGCCGGGUAUGCUUGCAGAUGCAGAAGAUGAAGCUGGGCCUGUCGAAAGCAAUUAUUUUGGAAAAGACUCUGAGCAAGCGCUCAACUUGUCUGAAAGAUCGGAAACAUUAUCCCUCGACCACAAUGAUGAUGCGCUGCAAGAACAAGAGAUCCUGUCAGUUGAGAAAAACAGGCCAGAGUUUGGGAGCGGUCAUGUUUCGGACUCCACGGGCUAUGAGUCUUCGGUAGAAGAAACUGCUGCAGCAAUAAGCAAGCCCGCCAAGAGUAUGCCCUCUCUUACAAAACAGGCGAUUCAUCACGCGGCAUCGGCAGCAGACGAGCUGCAGGCUAAGUCUUUGCAGGACCAAAUUAAUGAUGACGAGAUCUUAGAUGGGGAACUGAGCGCAAGUAGCUGCAAAAUUCUCGAGCCUCAGUCGAAGCCUGAACAGUCAGCUUUCCUGUCCAGUGACAAGAAAGAAAAUGUUGAGAGAGUGCUACCUAUCGGUGCCUCUUCCAAGGAAGCGACUGCAGAAGACAGAAGGGUAGUGCCGCCUAUCCCAAAACAGGUCCCGAUUUCUUCUGCGCCACCAAUUCCAUCAACAAAACCGGCGCCAUCAACUGCAUACGUGCCACCAGUUCCUUUGACGAAACCAGCACCUCCAACUUCUUCCGUGCCGCCCCUUCCUACAGCACCACCUAUUUUUAUCAGAGAAACAAGUCAAGAAGUGGAAAAUAGUCAGGAGGUCGAUAUCUGGCCUGGUGCAGUGAAAAGAUCUUCAAUGAUUAGUGUCCAAGAGGAACCUUUCGAAUCUUAUUCGGAGGACAGUGGAGAGCCAGAAGCGAGUCAUCCCCAUUUACAUCAUGAUGCUCCAAAGGUUGCGCCACCACCACCACUACCACAAUUAGCGACAAGUGAUGUGCAGCCUGGUGGUGGACCAAGAUCGCCUCCCCCUCCACUUCCACCUUCAAAAUCACACUUUGCGGACCCUGUGAAAGGUGACAAGCAUCUUGUAACUAAAAAAGAGUUCGUCUCGGAAAAGGGAGCUUUACCUAUACCGAUUUCUUCAGCAAACGUAAGCUCUAAACAUCACGUAUCGCCCAGCACCGCGUCGUUUAAGGAUGGCUCAAUCAAUCAAAAUGCGGGAAGGAAACUUCCUAUGAGUAGCAGCGGAGCGCAAGUUCCUAAUGUGGAACCUUUCGACAAACAAGUGAAAAGGGCUCAAACAUUUGAGACUAAUGACAUAAACCAAAUGCCGACUAUAAACUUUGAUCAAGCAGACAGGUGGUGGUUGGAAAAAGUGAUACCGGCCGGUCUGGUCAGCGGCAAUCGCCUGAAAUACAUUUGGGAAAUCGAUGACAACAUUUUCAAUAAAAGAAGCGGAGAACAAUGGACAAUGCGGGAUUUCUACAUCCUUUUUGAGGAUUACAGUCAACUACAUGCUACGGUUGUGUUCAACGUAUCAAACCCUCAUCAAACAGUGAAGUUUUGGCAACAAUUUCUACCAAGCCCUUCUUCGAACAGGAAACUGGAUGAAUUCGCAUCCAGAAUUGGCUACAGGAUAUUUGAGACAGCCAACCAGUCUAUCAAUAGGCCCUCGCAAGAUUUCGUUUAUCAUCUCAUCACUAGCAUGAAAGAUUCCGUUGUACCUCCUAUUGCCUCAAGGACCUAUGGUGUGCCGCUGCUCACCUUUUCGCCUGAUGGUGCCCUUGAUGAGGAGGCUCUGAAAUCGGUGAGGCCUGGUGACAUUUUGGUCGUCAGAAGAGGAAAAUUCCAAUCCCAUGGAAAAUUGCUCCAGAAGACCACACAUGAAAUUGGGAUGGAUGCAAUACCCUUUGCGGGCGUUAUCACAGAGUAUGAUUUUUCGAAGAAUAAAUUCAGAGUCAUUGAAGAACAGAACGGCAAAACUAGACAAGCUAGCUACCGCAUACACGAUAUGAAAAGUGGUAAACUUAAAGUUUUUAGAGUGGUGGACAGAAGCUAUGUGGGCUGGUAA